AUGGAGCGUGCCUUAGUGCGCGCACCCAGCAGGAGGCAGAUCCAUGUCGGGUCGGGUCUUGUGCAAAACAACAAGGCAUCGUCUGUGCUCGGUCCUACCAGCAGAUACGGCACGCUUCCUCUCUUUGCCCCCAAACAGCGGCAUACAGCAGCUCACGGCAGCUCGCAGCAGCCCACAGCAUGGCUCUACCAACUCUGGUAUUUGGCUACUAUUCGCGGCCGUUACUGGCUGAGGCCACGCCAGGCCCUGCAGAGCCAACGAGAUGCCGUGGUCAGCAGAAUGGCUUUGCUGCGAAACCUUGGCUGCACCCCUAACCGGCUUCUGCACUUGUCUUGUUUGUCUGUCUGCUCGUCGGAAGCCAUUGCGAGCCACAAGACCCUCGCUCUGGAUAGACGCAAAGACAUUGGCACGCAGAGUUUAAUCUCUCACUCUCUCUCGUGCUUCGGCCUUCUCUUGGCUUCUUUUGCUUCUAGCGUUUUUGUCGGUGCAAACAUCAGAUUCUCUGCUGCCAGGCUAAGCACCAGGCCGAGCCCACUCUCCCUCUCACGAACCCACUCGCUACCACAAUAA